GACGGUGAGAGUGGUAACAAGGGCGAUGAACAAGUGGCAGGCUCAGCUCCGCAAUUGUUGUGGUCGUUGGUUGGAAGUGGGAGGGGUCGAGCGAUGGCAAGAUGGGAAUUGUUUGAAUGUGAAGUGAGUUACCGCAAGGAUUAUUCUUGUUUGUAG